GAUGACCUUUGCGCUAAUUGCAACUUAUCCUCAAGUUCAGAUAUGCGCGAAGGACAUGGGGGCGGAGUCCCAUAGUAGCGUCUUAAGGUUCCGCUCAGUUUCAGAAGAAGACAUAGAAAAGUUACAGUCACUAUAUGAGGAAUGCUUCCCUGUCAGGUAUGCCUGGUAAAUAUCAUUUAUGAAAAGCUAUCCGGUGUCCUGGUUUCAUAAUCUCCUAGAGAAUCCGUCCCUUAUUUCUAUCGUGGCUAUUUCCGAUGGCGAUAUAAUUGGUGUGUUAGUUGGAACUGUAUUAACUCUUGGCAACUGCAGUUUUGAUGAUCGCAAAUUGCUUUCUACAAGUUUCCCACUUUCAACUAAUGUCGCAUAUAUACUCAGUUUAGGCGUUACUGGAGCAUAUAGGUCCAAAGGUGUUGCAUCUAUUCUACUAAAAUCAUUCAUUGCUUAUGUAUCCGGUGAAAAUAUAGAAUGGUUAAUUAAUUUCAGUCGUCAAGUUAACUUAUUUAACCAUCCAAAUAUAUCUACCACUGAAGAUGAAUACAAUAAUGCUGAGCACUUUAAAAAUGGUAACAAGACAAUGUCAUCUCUACAAUGGUGUACUACAGAUUAUCAAUCUCUGUAUAAUUUAUUAAGACAAUUACCGCCUAUUUCUCCUGUACAAGCUGUAUAUCUACAUGUUUUAGACAGUAAUAUAUCUGCAAGACACUUCUAUGAGAAACGUGGUUUCAUCUGUUUACAUACACGUCCUGGUUGUUAUACAAUUGAUGGUAAAUCUGCUGAUGGGUGUACAUAUGUUUUGCAUACAAAUGGAGGAUUUUUAGAUGUUAAACCAGUUUUUAAUCUAUACAGAAAUUCUAUUUCACAUAUGAUAUACGAGUAUUUAAAUGAACAGUCAUUGAUGAUUCAUUUAAGAUGGAUGAUUCGUUUUUUAUCUCAAUCUGGAUGUACAAUUUUAUUUAAAUUGUCUAGAUUUUUACGUAAUAUCUGUGAUCUACCUUCAAUUUCUCGUUCACUUAUGCAUAAUUAUCAACAAGAAGAAGAAGAAGAAUGUGAACAUGAGGAUCAUUGUUUUUCAUUAUCUCCUACAUCAACUGCUUCAUUAUAUUCUAUGCUGCAUACUUCAACAUCAUCAUCUUGUCCUUCUUCUAUGUCAUCAUUGUCAUCUUAUUCCUCAUCUGGUUCAAUCAGUGUAGAUAGUGAUAUAUCUACUGUACAGCUUUUCUAAUUCAUUCACUUUCUAUGAUUAAUUUUUUAUUUUCUAUAUAGAUAUUUAAUUUUAAUUGAUAUCUAAUUUUUGACUGCGGAAUCGAUGUUAAGUAUUUAUUGCAUUCUAACUAAACAUCACCUGAGAUUUGAAAGUAGUGCAAUUCAUGUUUAUUUCUUCAUUACUACGACACUACUGAUAAUACAUUUCAGUAGUAAACGUUGAUAUAACUUAUUAAUUACUUAAAAUUUAUCGCGAUAUCAUUAACUUAACUGUGAAUCUUAUGCCUGUUAGUUUCUCUUUCCAUCUUUGUUAAUUUAAUCUUUGUAUUCUUCCUUUAUCACUAAUAUUGUCAUUAGAAUUGCCUUCAUUUUAAUGAGUUUCCAGUUUCACCCCCUUCUCAGUUAUAUACCUCCUAUGAACCAUUUCAUAUAUUACGUAAUCUAGUUUGUUAUCAUUCAUACCUCAAGUGUUAUCAUAAUCACAAAUACCUAUGUCAUCAUCAUCAUCAUUAUCAUCAUCAUCAUAUAGUGUUUAGUUUUAUUCAUGGGAUAUAAUUUCUCAACUUGUAUAUCUACAUAUAUGAAUGUACAACUUGAUAAUAAAUUCCUUGAAAAAAGAGUCUUAUCUUUAUAUGGGAAUUAACAUUUUUGCCAUAUAAAUAUUUUAUUUUUCUGUAGAUUGUGUUUUAUUAAUAAUGCUAUCUAGUUUGAUAAUAAGACUUUCAUCAGUUCACUACUAUCCAUCUAAUAUAGAGAACAUGAUAUCAUAGCUACAUUAUACCUUUAUAAUUUUAUGUGUAUAUUAUUUUUACUUCUGCUAUUUGUUUUUAUAUUGUUUUAUGAACUAAAGUAAGCGUUUUUCUUUUCAUACUUUUCUUUCAGUUCAUCUCUGUUUAAAAAUGUACUAGAAGAUGGGGAG